AUGUACAUACACACACUAAUACGCACACAGAAACAUGUACACACACGCACAGAGACACAUGUACACAUACACACACAUGUAUGUACAUACACAGAAAUACACAUGCACAGAUACAUGUACAUACACACAGACACAUGUACACACAGAGACACAUGUACAUACUGUACAUACACAUGUACGUAUAUACACACAAACACACACACACACAGACACAUGUACACACACACACACACACACACACAUGUACACACACAUACAUGUACAUACAUGCAAACACAUGUACAGAUACACACAUGUACAUACGCACAGAUACAUGUACAUGCAUACACAGACACACACACAUCCCUAUAAAACGUUGCAGUACUUCGUUGUUCACUCACAGAGCCAGGUACUGCACUCUAGGGGGAGGCAGAGAGCACAGCACACACUCCUUACUUUGCUUUCACUGCGCUCAGCUAUUGAGCAG